GUAUCUUAGAUAUACUGAAACGAAAUAAAAGAAAAUAUUAUCGAAAAUGCUCCUAAAUUAGCAGAAUGUGAAAAUCUGAAUUAACGCUAUAUAAUUAUUGUUGGCAUUAGCAGAAAGCAAUAGUAGAGAGGAUAUUAAUAUAUGAAACAUGUUUGACAAUGUUUCUCAACUUAGGAUUAGUUUUGUCUCUACAUCCGGUCAGCCAUAUUUCGCUGUUUCUUUGUUGUAUUUGUUGAUUUAAAUGAGUCUAUAGCGAUUACUAUGCCUUUUGUAUAUUUAGAGAGGGCAUGUACAAAAGAAGACUGUAUUUGUGGGAUUGAAGAGAAAGUAAACAAUAUGAAGAGAACAUUUGUGUCAGACUGUGGAACUCUACCUGAUAAUGCCAUCAUUCAGUUGUGUUUGCUGAAAUAACCAGUGUGUGGUGUUUAUUAAAGUUGUCUGAGGAUAGUGCGAUGUAAGACAAACAUAUCUACUGUGGACAGUUAUAAUAUAUCUGAUAUUAGCGUGAAGUUAAUGUUACAUCAAUGCAAAUUAAUUAAUGGAAAUGAACAGUUGACCAGUGAAACAUUUUUUUGAAUGUUCUACAUCACCUGAAUAGAGACAUCAUUGUUAUAAAGUUCUAUUAAUCUGACAAUGUUUGAACCGGAAGAGAAACCAUAUAGAUGUGAUGUUUGCGGGGAGCUGUUUGCUAUAAAGAGUAACUUUGAUGCUCAUAAGUGCGCUCAAAAAGGUAAAAAAGUGUACCAUUGUGAAUACUGUGGGAAGGUCUUUUAUCGAAAGUGUACAUUAACAGAUCACACACGUAUUCAUACAGGAGAAAAACCCUAUGGCUGUGAAAUCUGUGGAAAGACAUUUUCUUUUAGUAGUAAUUUGUCACGUCAUAUACGCAUUCACACAGGGGAAAAACCACACAACUGUGAUAUCUGCGGAAAGGCAUUUUCUUGUAACAGUGCGUUAUCAUAUCACAAACGCAUUCACACGGGAGAACUACCACACCACUGCCAAAUCUGUGGAAAAGGAUUUUCUUUUGUUAGUAAAUUAGCUAUUCAUGUGCGUAUUCACACUGGGGAAAAACCUUAUAAUUGUGAAAUUUGUGGUAAAGCUUUUUCUUGUAAUAACAAAUUAACAUAUCACAAACGUAUUCACACAGGGGAAAAACCCUACCACUGUGGAAUUUGUGGAAAAACAUUUGUUUUUAAUAAUCAUUUAGCUUAUCAUAAACGAACUCACACUGGGGAAAAACCAUACCAAUGCAAAAUUUGUGGAAAGGCGUUUUCGUGUGGAAGUUAUUUAAAAGAUCAUAAACGUAUACAUACGGGAGAAAAACCAUACGAUUGUGACAUUUGUGGAAAAGCAUUUUCAAGUAGUACCCAGUUAUCUAGUCAUAAGCAUAGGCACAGUGGAAGAACACCGUAUCACUGUGGAUUUUGUGGGAAAACAUUUUCUCUGCAGAGCCAAUUAUCACUUCAUAAAAUUAUCCACACAGGGAGUGAACCAUAUUCAUGCGAAAUUUGUGGAAAAACAUUUUCUUUGAAGAGUAGAUUGACUUUCCAUAAAGUUGUUCAUACAGUAGAAAGGCAAGGUGAUAGUGAAAUUUGUGGAAAAGAGUUUUUACAAAAGGUUCAGUUGAAAGAUCAGGGGCUUAAUCGCAUUGAAAAAAUUUACCGUUGUGAAAUAUGUGAAAAAGUAUUUUCUCACAGCAGUAACUUAGCGGCCCACAGACGUCUUCAUACAGGAGAAAAUCUUUACCAUUGUGAAAUAUGUGGGAAAAAAUUUUCCUGUAACAGUAAAUUAACAGAUCAUAAAUGGAGUCACACAGGGGAGAAGCCAUACCAUUGUGAAGUAUGUGAGAAAUCAUUUUCUCGAAAGUCAAAUCUAUCUCGUCAUAAACGCACUCAUACUGGUGAAAAGCCAUAUCAGUGUGAGUUUUGUGAAAAAGCAUUUCAUAGAAAAUGUCACUUAUCGGAACAUACGCGUAUUCACACAGGAGAAAAACCAUACCAAUGUGAAAUUUGUGACAAAACGUUUUAUAGAAAGGAUCACUUAGCAGAGCAUACACGUAUUCACACAGGAGAAAAGCCAUACCAAUGUGAAAUUUGUGACAAAGCUUUUUCUAGUAGUAGCCACUUAUCAUACCAUAUACGUAUUCACACUGGCGAAAAACCGUACCAGUGUGAAAUUUGCGGUGAAGCAUUUUCUAGGAAUAGAAAUUUAAUACGUCAUAAACAAAUUCAUACAAGAAAAUAAUCAAAUCACCAAAUUUGUGAAAGUGCCUUCCAUUUAAAUAUAGAUGAAAUGUGCAAAGAUAUAACACUAAAAUUUGUGAUAUAUUUUCUCAAAAUUGUUCCUUAUUUUUUUAAUAAAUUUAUUAAGGAAAGAACACUUACUGUGAUGUUUAUAGAAAAAAAGCCUGCUUGGUUACUGAUGUACUUAAUAACACAUAUUACCUUGCAUUUGUUCCACUUAACCAUUAUUCAAAUGUCAAUUUGAUAACAAAUAUAGCUUAUCAUAUACUGUUGCGUGUAUAUUACAUAAUAUGGUGACAGCAGUAGUGCUUAAUUAUAAAUCUUUUUAUAUUUAUAUUUCAGUGCCUCAUAUUUGAUUAUUUAGCUCCUGAUCAUUUUAAUUUUCUCCCCACCCACUUUAUCCUACCAAAUGUAACUAGCCAAGCAAAUCCCUCUUCAAGAACCCCCCCCCCCCUGGCUUGGGGUUUUGUAAACUGUAUUGCAACCUCAAUAGUACAGGUGGCACAAAAGAAGCUCCUGGUCCUCACUGUAAAGUGGUUGGCAUUAGGAAGGGAAUCCAACUAUAAAAACCAUACCAAAGCAGACAUUGCCUCUUGAUGCCGUCCUUGGACACAUCAAAGCCUAUCAAAUUGUCCAACCCAUGCCAGCAUGGAAAAUGGAUGUUAAAUGAUGAAGAAUAAAUACUACUUUUUGACUGAAU